GGCGGUGGUGGUAGUUUAUUGAGUCCUUAGUAUGAGCCAGCGGACAACUCUGGCAUUUCCAUUUCGCAGAGCUGUGUUCAAACACAGGACCAACGGACCCAAUGAUGUCCGCUUGUCCCCCUGAGUUCCUUCUGGUUCCCUGGGCUAUUGUGUCUGCGUGAGAUCUGUUUCGAAUCUUAACCCUGCUACUUCCUGGCAGAGGGAGCUUGGGCAACUGACUUGGCUUUUCUGUGCCUCGGUUUUCCCAUUUGGAAAAUGAGGGUGACUGUGACCUUUCUCAGAGGGCUAAUGUUUCCUAAGUGCUCUGUGUACUGAGCAUUUUAUGUAUAUGAUCCUCCUGGCAUGUUCCUGCAAGUAGGUGGGGCUAUUCGUCCUAUUUGCAGAAAGCUUAACUCAAGCUUAGAAAAAUGAGCACCUUGCCCAAAGCCACAUAGAGAGUAAGUAACAGACUCAGGAAUCGAACCCAGAACAUCUGACUCCGGAGACCAGACUCCAAUAUAUUUCCUCACCCACGACUCAGGAUCAGACAUCACCUGGGACCAGUCCCUUUCUUCUUCCGGGCCUGGACCCCACGCCCUCCCGCUUCUGCCAAUCAAGAGUGGACAAAAACAUGUAUGAGGGCUCUAUGGCUCUGGGGUCUGAUGGACUGUCUGCUUUAAAGAUCACGAUACUGGCCUGUACCCUCGGUUGGACUCCCUUCAAGCCCAGCUCCGGUGCCCAAACCCAAGGUCCCCACUGCUCAAUGGACACCCCUAGCCCAGACCCGUUGCCUUCAUCUUUGCCCGAGGAAGAAGAGAAACCUCUGGCCCUACCUCCUUCUGUGUCCCGGGGCCGCCGAGGCGGACGUCCUGGGGGUUCCAAUCAGACGCUCAAGGCCUGCCUCCCUCGCAAGCGGGGCCGCCCCCCCAAGUCAGGGCAGGAGUCCCCGCUGGCACAGGGGGUGACAGUCCCUGUGGGCAGCGACAGUGGCAGCGACCUCCUGCUGAUCGAUGAUCAGGGUGUGCCCUAUACAGUCUCUGAAGGGUCAGCAGCAGGCGGGCCUGAGGGCUCCGGCCCUAAGAAGGCCCCGCACUUCUGCCCAGUGUGCCUGCGGGCCUUCCCCUACCUCUCGGACCUGGAGCGCCAUAGCAUCUCGCAUUCGGAGCUGAAGCCGCACGAGUGCAAGGACUGCGGCAAGACCUUCAAGCGGUCCAGCCACCUGCGGAGGCACUGCAACAUCCAUGCUGGUCUGCGGCCCUUCCGCUGCCCACUCUGCCCCCGCCGCUUCCGGGAGGCGGGUGAGCUGGCCCACCACCACCGCGUCCACUCUGGGGAGCGCCCCUACCAGUGCCCUAUCUGCCGACUGCGCUUCACAGAGGCCAACUCGCUCCGGCGACAUGCCAAACGCAAGCACCCCGAAGCCGUGGGGGCACCCGUGUGUCCCCUGGACCCAGGGUCUGAGCCACCGUGGGACGAUGAGGGCAUCCCGGCCACGGCAGGGGCGGAGGAAGAGGAAGAGGAGCUGGAAGGGAAAGAGCUGGCCUGACCCAUACCCCCAGCCACCCCUCCCCAGGCCAGGUUUAGAGCUGGGGGUUCAGCUGGUGCUGCACCUGGGCAGGGAGGCUGGGACACCCUCAGGUCUGGUGGUCUUCCUGUUAUGGGAGGGGGUGGCGGGUAAGGACCUAAACUGCUGGGCCCUGUCGCCUUCUGCCACCCUCUCCUGGACUGACAGGCCCUCGGAGGCAAAGAGCCACGGAAAUAAAUCACUGCCUUCUGGCUUCCUGUGUGUGCUCAGUGACGGUACCAGGGCUGGCGCUCCUCUGCUCUUUUCAAAUGCCCUUCGGCCGCUAUACCACCCUUGGGAGUGCAUGGAAUUUGGGAGGACCCAUGGCAUGUGCCUCAUUAACUUGGCGCUAAAGAAGUGGCUUGGGGGAAGUGUUUGUCCCCUCUCGCACAUCUGGAAGACCCCAAAGCA